AAUUCAUAACAAUACAAGGAUCAGUGGUAUGAAGACAGGAUGGCCUAGCUGCCUAGGUAGCCGUGGCUCAAUGCCUCGUGUCUUGGGGCCCCCAAACUCAAAAUUUAAAUGUACAAGAUAAAAACAUAUAGUUAUUUUAAUGCUUAUUCCUAUUACCUGAUGUUACAAUCAAUUCAAAUUUACUAAUUGGUGUAAUAAAUCGUUAUCUUAUCUGUUACGAUUGUACAAAAUUUAACUAUUAAAGAUAUUCACAGACCACAAUGCACAUCAAUAGGUAGCAAAAAUGACCGAAAAUAUUAAACAAACUGUAAAAUGGAGUAAGCACGAGAUUGAAGAAAAAAUUGGAUCCGAUCAGUUUAAAAACAAUCAAUUAUGGACUGAAAAUUUUUACUUUGUGAUUGCGGCUGACUCUCAAUUUGGUUACACUUUUCCACCCGUUGAACGAGAUUCUACAGACUGGAAAAUAGAAAUGGAUAAGGCUAUUUUUGCAAUAGAUAAAAUUAAUAACUUGUCUCCAAGACCUCAAUUUUUAGUUGUGUGUGGAGACUUAGUAAAUGAAAUGCCUUGUAACGAAACUGUGCUAAAUGAAUUACAAAUAAAUGAUUUUAAGAACAUUUUCUCAAACUUACACCCCUCGAUAUCUCUGGUUUGUGUGUGUGGAAAUCAUGAUGUUGGUGAUAUUCCAGAUGAGAAUUCAAUCAACAAAUAUCGUGAUAAUUUUGGGCAAGAUUAUUUUUCAUUUUGGUGCGGUGGAGUACUGUUUUUAGUGUUAAACUCUCAAUAUUAUAGAAACAGUAGUAAUGUCGAUCAAUUUGCAGCACAACAAGAUAAAUGGUUAACUGAAAUAUUGAGUAAAUACGAGGGUCAAAGAAUAAUUGUAUUUCAACAUAUACCAUGGUUUUUAAGUAAACCGGAUGAAGAAAAUUCAUUUUUUAAUAUUGAAAAAAACUUCAGACAUGAAAUGCUUGAAAAACUGUGCGCAGCUGGCGUGUCUCAUGUUUUUUCUGGUCAUUAUCACAAAAACUCAACUGGAUUCUAUGAAAACCUUGAAAUGGUCACUACUUGUGCACUUGGAGCUCCAAUGGGAGAAGAUCCUUCCGGACUAAGAGUGGUCAAAAUGUAUGAAAACAAUGUUAUACAUACAUAUUAUCCUCUAGAACAAAUGCCAAGCUCUAUUCAAAAUUAAAAUAUUUAGUAUUAUUUGAAAUGUUGUAACAUUUAAAUCAAUAUAGAUUUUAAUAAAGAGGUCUAUAUUAAUUAUAAUA